UUCAAGAAAAUUUCUUUGAUUUUUAAAUAAUCUAAGAUGGUUCUUAUAUUGCUUGAUAACUAUAUUAAGAUUGAACAAAAACAGGAGAAGUCUCUUAAUUUCAAGAAAGCCUCUCUCCAAAUAGACUAUUGCGAUACCAAACUCAGAAGAAAAGGAGUGAAAGAAGCCGAAAUUGACAUGUUUGAAGAAGAAUUUCCAGAAGAAGAUGUGGAAAAGAUUAUGUCAUAUGCAUUUGACCAAAACGAAAAUGCUACAAAGACAAGAUCUGAUACCAAGACCUUCUAUGAGAAUACUCUCAGACUUCAGUCUACUAUAGGAGAUGAGGAUGCCAAAAGCCUUCCAGAGAUCACUCUGAAUGACGAAGAGAAAGAUAUGCUUAUUCUUGAAUAUAAGCUAGACCUCCAAGAGUUUGAUUCCGCAGAUCACUACAAGAUUGAUUACAAAACCUUGGAUUUGGAAAAAGAUGCAAAGUUUUCAGAUGCUUAUUCAGACUCAAAGUCUCUUCCAAAAUAAAACUCUCAAACUCAAGAAAGAAACAGUUCCUGACUAUGAAGGGUCAGAAGACAGUGAAACUGCUCGCAGAUACUAUGAUCUGAAUCCUAAAGAAUUCCUGUUCUCUGACUUGGCCACCAAUCUAAUUAUAGCAGAUGAGAGCACUGAUCUUGGAAUCUUCCAUAAACCAACUUACCAAGAAGUCAUGAAAAAGUAUUACAGAGGAAAGAAAGAGAAGAGUAAUAAAAUUGUUAACUCAAACAAGCCUUCCUUGGCAGCAAAGGUCGAUAAUAAGCCUAUCAAUCCAGCUAUGUAAGGGAAUUUUGAGUCUAGAUUUGGCAAAAGAUAAAACCAGGGUACCACAAGCGAAAUUAAGUGAUUUUAGAAGUAA